CUACAAUUCCCAACAUACACCCUGAACCAGGAAAUGAUGUGAUGUCAACAGAUACAUGGAGCUGUCGACAUGGAACUUCCAGUCUUUUUUAUUUCAAAACGUUGCUUUUGGGUUUAAAUGCACCUGCUUGAGAAUGAGAGGCGUUAACCACAAAGUUUUGUUGCUGUCCUUUUUGCUGUUAUGUGUAAAUCCGUGUGUGCCAGAGCGAGCUGAGAGGGACAACUCGUUGGACCUGCCUGAUGGAGAGGACCGAGUGGAUGUGAACCAUAAGGAUAUUCCAGCUAAAAGCCAGCAAACAUUAAUAAAACAUGACCAAGAAGAUGGACACGAUUCAAUCGACCCACAGAAGCAGGGACAGUCUCUCAGCAAGUCCAAUGACACUGAUAACUACAGCAACCUAACCCUCCACUCUACAAAACCUCCUGUCAAGCCAACGACCCCGACACCCCCUACCGCCAAGCCCAUCCUGCCCGUGCAGACAGGGGUCAAGGCCCAAGAAGAAGAGCAGUCCAGCGGGUUGACCAUUUUUUUCAGCCUGCUGGUUAUUGGUAUCUGCAUCAUAUUGGUGCACCUGCUCAUCAAGUUCAAACUGCAUUUUCUUCCAGAAAGUGUGGCUGUUGUCUCCCUCGGGAUUCUAAUGGGAGGCUUUAUAAAGAUUAUUGAGUUCCAGGAACUGGCCAACUGGAAG